AUGCCAGUUGUUGCAGGUCCUCCCGCAGGGGGUCCUGUCGGUCCCUCAACCUUCGACAAGAUGAAAAUGGGCGCUAUGAUGGGUUCCACUGUCGGUGGAAUCAUGGGUUUCAUUAUCGGAACUGUGACGAUCUUCCAGUACGGCGCUGGUCCUAACGGCGUCAUGCGCACUCUGGGCAAGUACAUGCUGGGCUCCGGUGCGACUUUCGGUCUUUUCAUGUCCAUCGGCAGUGUUAUCCGUACCGAGGGUCCUCACAACGAUGCCUGGCUCCGCGCCCGAGGCCCCCCUAUGAUUCUUCCUCGGCAGACCCCUCUGCGCUCGAUGCGCCAAUAA